AUCUCAAUCAAUUAAUCAUCAUCAAAUAUUAUGGCAAAGUAUAGUAAAAUCUUGAGCCUUGUGAUGAGGUUUGUAGCCAUGGCUGCAAGUGUGGCUGCUGUUGUAGUCAUUGUCACUACCCAUGACACUGCUCAUGUCUUGAACUUAACUUUCACUGCCAAAUACAACAACACGCCCGCUUUCGUGUACUUCAUGAUAGUGGAAGCAAUUGCAGGGCUAUACAGUCUAAUAACUCUCAUUCUUUCCACAAAGAAUUGGUUUGGGCGCAUAGUUAUUAUUUUGGAUGUGGUUAUGACAGUGCUUUUGGCCUCGAGCAUUUCGGCUGCGUUGGCUAUAGGCGAUGUGGGGAAGAAAGGGAAUGAUGAUGCCGGUUGGUUGCCCAUCUGUGGACAAGUGCCCAAGUUUUGCGAUCAUGUCACUGGAGCCCUAAUUGCGGGUGUAGCCUCAGCCAUCUUAUAUUUUACUAUUCUUCUUUACUCUUUGUACACCGUUUUGGAUCCUAUCUUGAUGUGAACAAGUUGAUCAUCUUUCUACGAUAUUAUUAUUUCUUGUUAUUAUAUGAAAGAUUAUCAAGAUUAGUAUAUCUAUUUGUGUCAAUUUUAUGUUCAAACCACUCAUCAUCAAGGUUUCAAAGAUAAAAAAAUUGUGGUAUUGACUAGAAAUUGAUGCAUAAAAGCUUUGGACAUAGAUGAUCUUGAUUUCAUGUUACAACUAUAUGUCUUUUAAUUACUUUUGUAUCUUUAAGAGUCCUCAUCUUUUGGUAUCUUUGUAUUAUUAAAAAAGAUGUACUAUUUACUAUGAUAUUGAAGCAUACAAUACAAUAGUUUUACACUUACAC